UUAGCGCUCUGGGGAGUGUCGAGGUUCCGCGACUGGGUUCCGAGAUGGCGGAGACGGCGGCGCUGGUGUGGCUUCGGGGCCCUGGCUUCGGGUGCAAGGCGGUGUGGUGUGGUUCGGCCCCGUGCUCCGUACGAGAAUUUAUCCGUCGACACUGCGAAGACCAGGUUGUUCCAGUGGAAUGCUUCUUUGUGAAAUGCAAUGGAUCACUUGUUAACACCAGUGACACAGUGCAGCAUGGAGCUGUUUAUAGUUUGGAACCCAGACUUCGUGGUGGAAAAGGAGGUUUUGGCUCAAUGCUCCGAGCACUCGGUGCUCAGAUUGAAAAGACAACCAAUCGAGAGGCUUGCCGGGAUCUCAGUGGAAGGAGAUUACGAGAUGUCAAUCAUGAAAAAGCCAUGGCUGAAUGGGUGAAACAACAAGCUGAGCGAGAAGCUGAAAAGGAGCAAAAGCGCCUGGAACGACUACAGCGGAAGCUUGCAGAACCCAGGCAUUGCUUCUCCAGCCCCGACUACCAGCAGCAGUGCCAUGAGAUGGCCGAGCGCCUGGAGGACUCUGUCCUCAAAGGCAUGCAGGCUGCCUCUAGCAAGAUGGUAUCGGCAGAAAUUGGUGAGAGUCGGAAACGGCCAAACACAUCAAAAACAGACGGAGGAGCCAGUGCAGGGAAAAGGAAAUGCUUUUGGAUGGGCAUGGAAGGACUCGGGACUGCAGAGGGGUCCAGCUCUGAGAACUCUGAUGACGACAGUGAAGAAGCACCUAGUACUUCUGGAAUGAGCUUUCAUGUUUCUCAAAAUGGCUGUGAUGGAGUUGACAUGGCAGCUGAAAUUCCUAGUAGUUCUCAGCAGGCACGAGUAUUGAGUACAGACUGUAGAUCAUCAGAAAAACUGCAGAGCCCUUUGACUGACUCUGGGAACAGUAUUUCAGAAGACUUGCGUGCUGAGCUGGGGGAGACACCUACCCAGGAGUACACGGAAAGGAGGAGGUCUGUAGAAACAGAGAACACCCGGGAGAAAAAGGAGGCAGAGGGUAAAGAACCCUUAGAAAAGGAAGCAGCUGGAGUUGGACAGAAUACCGAGCAAGAAACAAAAGAAAUGACUGAUGGGGAAAGAGCUGCCAAGGGAGCACCUGGAGAAGAUAGGCAAAACAUUGCCGUUGCCAAGCUGGAGGCCAGCCAGUCAGGAAACAUGGAUAACAGUCAAGAAACUUUAGAUUUACUGGCAAUCAGUUCUGUUGCGGAAAUGGAGUUGCUGGGCUUGGAGAAGCUCAAGUGUGAACUCAUGGCCCGGGGACUGAAGUGUGGGGGCACUCUGCAGGAGCGGGCAGCGAGGCUCUUCUCUGUCAGGGGACUGGCAAAGGGGCAGAUUGACCCAGCUUUAUUUGCCAAGCCUUCAAAAGGGAAGAAGAAGUGAACUUCAUCAGAGCUGAUUUUCUGUUUCUUUAUAGCCUAGUGCUUAUAAACCUGUUUAAUGUUGACCCUUGAACGUUAUUCCUUUUGGUAUUAAAGGUGACUUUUUAAUAAUCUAGUUCUAACUAUCCUCUUUUUCAUUAUUAGAUUUAUGGAAUUAAUUUGUGAAACUAUCUGAGCCUGAAGAUUUUUUUUGUGGGAAGCUUUUUUUAUAGCUCAUUUCUUUAAUAAAUAUAGGGCUAUUCACAGUUUGGGUUUCAUUUUGUGUCUUUUAGAUAAGUUGUACUUUCAAAGAUUUGUCGACAUAAGAUUAUUUAUAAUAUAGUCUUUUCUAUCUUUUAAUAUCUGUAGGAGCUGUAGUGGUAAUUUCAUUUUUAUUCUCAUACUGGUAAUUUCUGUUUUUCUUGAUCAGUCUAGGUAGGAGUUCAUUGUUUGUUGAUCUGUUCUCAAAGAACCACCUUUUGGUUUUGUUGCUUUUUCUUAAUUGUUUUUAAUUUCGUUGAUUUCUACUCUUUAUCCUUUCUUAUACUUUGCUUGGGUUUACUUUGGUCUUUUUUGUUUUUUUCUUAAGGUACAUACCAAGUCACUGACUAGACUUUGUCUAGUGUAAAUAUUUAAAGCUGUGAGGUUUUUUUUAAGCACUAUUUUGACUUCAUCUCAGAAUUUUUAAUAUAUUUUCAUUUUCAUUCAAUUUUAAAUGUUUUCUUUCUUGUGAAGUCUUCUUUGACCCAUGGAUUAUCUAGAAGUAUGUUGUCUAAUUAGCAAAUUUUUUUUGUUCAAUUAACUAAAAAAAAAUAGUUUACGCAUUUCUCCCAUCCUGUACUCCCUGCCUCUGACAACCACCAAUCAUUUCUCUGUAUCUAUGAAAUUGGGGUUUUUAAAAAAAAAAAAUUUUUUUUUUUUUAGAUUCCACAUGUAAGAGAGGUCAUACAGUAUUUGUCUGUAUCUUAAUUCACUGAGCAAAGUGCUCUCAGGAUCCAUUCAUAUUCUGAAAACAGCAAAAUUUACUUCUUUGUUAAUGGCUGAAUAAUAUUCCAUUGCAUAUAUUAUUCAUUUGUCAUCCAUUAUGGGUACUUAGGUUAUUUUCAUAUCUUGGCUAUUAAUAAAUAAUGCUAUAAUUAA